AUGGAUAUCAUAGAGAUUGCUCAGAAGAGCCAUGCUGAAGCUGAGUCUUGGUACCAGACGAAAUACAAGGAGCUGCAGGUCACAGCAGACAGACAAGGGGCUGAUCUGCACAGCACCAAGCAGGAGAAUGCUGAUCCCAAUUGCAUGAUUCCGAGGCUGAAAUCUGACAUCGACCACAUCAAAAACCAGUGUGCCAACCUUCAGGCUGCCAUUGCCGAAGCUGAGCAGCAUGGGGAGAAUGCCCUCAAGGAUGCCAGGGGCAAGUUGGAAGGGCUGGAGGAUGCCCUGCAGAAGGCCAAGCAGGACAUGGCCAGGCUGCUGAAGGAGUACCAGGAGCUCAUGAAUGUCAAGUUGGCCCUUGAUGUGGAGAUCGCCACCUACAGGAAGCUGCUGGAAGGAGAGGAGUGCAGGCUGAAUGGUGAAGGCGUUGGACCCGUCAACAUCUCUGUGGUGCAGUCCACCAUGUCCAGCGGCUAUGGCAGUGCAGGUGGUGCCAGCAGCAGCUUGGGCCUGGGAGGAGGCAGCAGCUACUCCUACAGCAGCAGCCAUGGCCUUGGAGGUGGCUUCAGUUCUGGCAGUGGCAGAGGCCUCAGUGGUGGCCUGAGCUCCUCUGGUGGCAGCUCUUCCAUCAUCAAGUACACCACCACCUCCUCCAGCAGGAAGAGCUACCGGCACUGA